UCAUAUCAAAAUUUUCUUUUAACUAUCUCCCUCCAAUGGCUUUCCUUCUUUUCCGAUUGGCUCUGGUGGCCGGUGCGGUUUAUGGCACCCAGGAGCUGGGGAUUUGGGAGAGUGCCGACCACACUCAGGAGCUCCUCGAAGAGGCCAAACGCGAGAUGAGUCCCCUCACCGAGGACCUGAUGAACCGAUUCUGCUGCUGGCGGUGCGAGAAGUGCGACCCCGACGUGGAGGUCAAGCCGUGGCAGGAGUCCAUGGUGGAUGCCUGGAACGAGACGGUCAAGAAGACCUUCAACGCUUUGGGGGUCCAGGUGCCCUUGUACUACAACCGCUUCUCGGAGGAUUUUCAGCAGAGCAUCGAUGACCUGGUGAACAGCAAUGAAGCAAUACCCAGGUGA